AUGAUUGGCAAUGGAAUUAAGGCAAAAUCAAAUCUUUUAUUAUUAUAAAAUCCAUGGGACAUGUAAUUCAUAAGAUCAAAUAAGAAAUAAUUAAUGUAAAAUAAACAUUCAUUGAUGUAUUGAAUUUCAGCUAAUAUUGUUUAAGUCAAUCAAAAUUAAUUUAACAUGUAAUUAUUAGAUACUGAAGAUUAAGAAAUAUACAAAGCUCAAACAAAAGGUAUGACGGAGUAAUGAUUGGAGCUUUAAUAGUUUUUGACAUUACCAAUUUACACUCUAAUAAUUUAGUAUAGAAUCUUUUGAUGUACUGCAAGAAUGAAUCUAACAUAUAAGAGAUUGCUUGA